ACAAUUUUUUACUAAAAAUAAUAAUGAGCUGUGGCUUAUUAUCAAGUUUUUAGGGUAUGUUUAUAAAGUGUUGGAAAAUUCAUUUUCAUUAGUUUUACUAUAAUUUACAGAGGAAUGAUAUUUCACAGAGAUGUUAAAUCCUUAAAUAUUGUGCUGGAUGAAUUUCUGAAUGCAAGAAUAAUUGAUUUUGGCCUUGCACGUGAAAUGAAAUUUGGCGUUGACAAUACAAAAACUACACGUUAUUAUGCCACCCCUGGCUAUGGAAAAUUAACAAAGCAACAGAUCAUUGAUAGACUUGAUGAUUACCGUUAUUUUGGCGUAGUUAUGAGAGAACUACUUACGGGUAAAAAGCCAUUUGUAGAGGCAUGUCCAGAAGAGGAUUUAAUGACACAAAUUGAAAAGAAGAUAAGGAAACGAUUAAUGAAAAUGUGGAAGGAUUUACAAGUAGUACCAGAAGUUACAGGACCUUUAGUUACUCUGUCUAGUGAAUGCAUUGAUGAAAAGAAGAAAAUGACUUCUGAUAAAUUGGUAUCAGAAUUAAAGAAUCAUCUUAGAAAUAGUAACACUCAAAGAUGGAUUAGUAGGAAACAGCUAAAGGAUGUGAUACAACAGGGGAAAGGCAGUAAACAAACAGAAAAGUGUGAUAUAUGCUUGGCUUAUGAUGCAGUGGAGGAAAGUGUGUUACACACCAUGAUUGUAAUAAAUCACAUAAAAGUCUGUGUUUCAUGUAUGAGGAAUUCAUAUUGCAAUCCCAUCCAUUGUCAUUCAUGUGACACAAAGGUGACACCAACUAUAGGUAUGUAUUAAAUGCUGUAUGUAGAGCAAAUAGUCAUUGUAAAUGUGUGAAGAAAUAAGUUAACCUAUGUAUUAGAAGAUUGAUAUUGGUCCACAACAUAUUAAUUAUAUAAUACCCCGGUUAGAAGAAAAUGGGAUGUUGCUAAUGUCGGUCGGUAAGUUGGCCUGUCGGUCAGGUGGUCUGUCUGUCGGUAGAACACAUGGUUUGGCUGAUGAUCUUGAAAACUAUUUAUCACAAAGUCUUCAUUUAUUUCACAUACUGAUUGGACAUAAAUAGUAAAUGAUGCCUAUUGAUUUUGGGGUCACAAGGUCAAGGUCACAGGGGUCUAAAAUGUAAGAAUGGUUUUUGGUCAUUAUCUUGAAAAAAAUUAUCUCAAAGUCAUUAUAUCUCACAUUUUGAUUAGUCAUAACUAGUAGAUGACCUGUUUUUAAUUUUUGGGUCAGUAGGUUAAAGGUCAAGGACAUGAAAUGUUAAAUUCGGUAAUAUCUUUAUAAAUAAUGCUUUUUGGAACUUACAAAAUUGAUAAAUCUUGAAUUUGAGCAUCAUGUUUAUGAAAUAAAAUUACAAAAAAAUGUGUAACACAAUCCUUAAAUGUCAGAAUAGUUUUCACUCAUUAUCUUCAAAACUACUUGUUAUCAAGUCUUCAUGUUUCACAUUUUAAUUGAUCAUCACUAGUAGUUGAUUUUGAGGCCACUAGUUGAGGCCACUAGUUCAAAGGUCAAGGUCACAAUAACCUUGAAUGUUUUUCUCUUGACACCAAUUAGUGACUAAAUCUUUAUAUUUCACAUAUUCAUUGACCAUAACAAAAAUAUGACAUUUUUUUUUGAAUUUAGGGUCACAUGGGCCUUAAAUCUUGUAAUGGUUUACGCUCAUUAUGUUAAAACUAUCGUUCAUGAAGUUUUCAUAUUUCACAUAUUGAUGGGUCAUAACUAGAAGAUGACCUGUAUUGAUUUAAGGGUCACUUGGUCAAAGGUCAAAUUUAGUUACCUCAAAUAUAAAAGUCUUUUCCGAUUAAUAACUAUGGAAUGGCAAGUCUCAUAAAUGUCAAAGUUGGUCAAAAACUUCCAUGUUCUGAUUUUUGGCAUGUAUCUAUAACAAAAUUACCAACAGUA